AUGGUCAUGGCACGCAACCUGGUCCGAUCCGCUCGUCUGAGCGCCAGCGUACCUUGCAGUCGGUCCAUCUCGCUUCCCCGAUUGGCAAACAUUUCUCCCAUCACAGCAUCUUCUUCAGCUAAACCCAGAUUGCAAGUCAACUCAUUCCAGAUCCAACAACAGCAGCAACGCUUUUACGCUGCUAGCUCUGGUCUUUCGCAAGCCGAGAUCCAGAACAGGAUCUCCGAGGUGCUCAAGAGCUUCGAGAAGGUCGAUGCUGCAAAGGUGCGUGCGUGCUUCUGGUCUGGAAGAGGAAGCAAAGCAUGCAAGAUAUGCCUGUAGAGUUUGCGGGCGGACAAGAUAGCAUUACGCAGAUGCAAGGUCGGCGGUUUCGUCUGGCGCUGCCGAAACAGAAGGACUCUCUGGUAGAAACUGGUCUCGGUUGUCUUCCAUCCAGAGGAGCAACAUCGCUCGGCGUCACUUCCCAUCUGUGUAUGCGCUGACGUUCGACAUCUGCUCUGCGCCUCUCUCUUUCUCUCCUCCUAGCAGCUCUCGCCCACCGCUUCUUUCACCGGUGAUCUGGGUUUGGACAGCCUGGACGCAGUAGAAGUCGUCAUGGCCAUCGAGGAGGAGUUCUCCAUCGUGAGUGUUCGCGCCUGAUUUAUUGAAAGGCACAGGGGCGGUAGGGGAGGAGCGAGACGGUCUCAGAAGUGUCUCUACGUUGCUUAGAUCCGACCUUAUGCUCGCAUGUCAUGCUCAUCGAUUCUAAACGUGUGAUCAUCCGUGCGAAUAGGAAAUUCCUGAUGCGGAAGCGGACAACAUCACGACUGUUCAGCAGGCUAUCGAAUACGUCUCCAAGUCUCCAGAUGGUGAGUGAUUAGUUGCAUCAUGGUCAUGGCUACGUUGGCUCCACUGCAGCUUGGCGCAUACAUGCUCUGAGCUGCCAGAUCACACAUUGCCGCACGUCUUCUCUAACACUUGUGCGCUCACCUUCUUCCCUACGCAGCUCACUAG